CGCCUCCCCGCACGCAAACUGGCGGCAAAGGAACUCCUCCGCUGCUUUCUCUCGCGCUCCUGCUCUUCCGGCGGCCGGCGAUCGACGGCUCUUCCAGCGAGUCGCGACUCCGCUGGCUGCAAGGAAUGAAGGAAGUGCAUACUUACAAUAUGAUCGGUAAUUCUAUUGAUGUGGCAAACAAGGAGAUGGAGGGUUUGCGUAUCGGACAAAAUCAAGAAACCAAAGAGAGUUUAGAAACACAUGAGGCCUCAUUAAAAGAAGGUAAAGUUGCAGAUUGCAAUGAGGCUCAAGAUGGUGAUGUGGAGGGGGACUAUCCUUCUCAAGAUGGAGCACCAGCUGCCAAGAAGAAAAAGAAGAAAAGCAAAUCGAAAAAGAAGAAUGGACCUCUUCAGCAGACAGAUCCUCCAUCGAUCCCUGUUGAUGAACUCUUCCCUUCAGGAGAAUUUCCUGAGGGUGAGAUCCAACGGUACAAGGAUGAUUAGGCAUUUGAUGACUUUGUAUUCAUUGAUCCUGGUAUGAGCCUCCAGGAGGUCUGGAGGCACAAAGACAACAGCUUGAAGCAUCCAAGUUUCUACUUGUUGCUGUUUAUGAGGGCAUGCUCAUGUGUGUUGAAUCUUGACUCGUAAGAAAAUUAUACAUGCUCACCAUUUUGGGGGCAAAGGUGUCCUUGGCCACAGUUAUGAUGCAGAUUUUCAGCAUAGUUUACAUGGCACCUGAAGAAGCAUAUUUUUGGGCAAAGUAGUAAUGGCUGGAUUGGAUGUUUGAUGUUAGUACUUAACAUAGUAUGAUCAAAUGUGGCUUGAAAUCGUCCUGUGCAACUUAAGAUUCUUUUGUUAUGGUAUUGCACCCAUGGUUCAUAGACGGCUACCAUGGAUCUUGUGAGUCAUUGAGCUUGGGAUGUAACUAGCUGUGUUCUUUUAAAGAUUAUUGAUGAAAGAUGGAAGAUUGUCCGAUUUUGUGAUAA